UAUGGCAAGAACACCCUUGUGCAAUCCUUGUUUACAAGCAAUCACAGUAGUUGUUCCUCUCUGAAUCCCAUUCUCAUUUAUGUAUUGAUUUCUUUUGUGAAGUCCAUCCCAGUGCAAAUUAAAUCUUAUUUCAGGAAAAUCCAUGGCUCGAUGACUCAGUUGCAAAUGGAGAACUAUUCCCACCUGACUUGACAAAAACCUACAAUCUGUUCCGCAACGAUAGACAGCACACGAGUGGCGGGGUUGUUUUUGUAGCUGUGUCCAGGGACCUUGUUUCAUCUAGAAAGACUGAAUGGGAAACAGACUGUGAAAUGAUAUGGGUGGAAAUAUGCAUCUCUGGCUGCAAGAAACUAUGUAUAUGUGCAUUCUACAACCCACAUGAAGGAAACGAACUAAGCUGUACAAAUUUCUGCAAAUCACUUAGCAAUCUACGAAACUGUAACUCUCAUGUCUGGGUUACUGGYGACUUCAACCUCCCUGGAUAUGACUGGAAAGCGAACUGCCUCAAGCCUGAUUGCCACUAUCCAGAUCUAACAUCUAGAUAUAUAGAAGCCAUGGACGACUGUUCGUUAACACAGAUUGUCAAAGAGCCAACUAGAGGAGACAACACCCUACACCUGUUUGCUACAAACAAACCCACCCUGAUAGAGAAAAUCAAUGUAAUUCCUGGAAUAAGUGACCAUGAUAUAGUCUAUGUAGAGGGUGAUAUAAAUGCCAUUCUCCAUAAACAACAGCACCGAAAGAUAUUCUUGUAUAAGAAAGCUGACUGGGACGGCUUGAGAAGUCACAUGGCUGCUGAAGCUACUGCCCUCCUUCAGCAGUCCUCCGAAGAUCCUACACCCACCGUAAAUGAAUUAUGGAUGCGAUUCAAAAACAAGCUCCAACCAGCUGUCGACAAAUUCAUUCCAUUCAAAAUGUCCAGGAGCAGAAACAAGCUCCCCUAUGUAGACUGUAAGCUAAGGCGGCUUAUGAGGAAACGUGAUAAGCUACAUCGGAAAGGAGACCAAAGGUACAAAGUA